AUGUUUCUUUUCAGUAUGACGACGGUAGUAAUCAUCGGUAUCGUCGUGGCAGCGAUCAUUGCAAUCUUUUUCGGCUGUUACUUCCUCCUUCGGUUUAUACAUAGAGCACUUGGAUCCGACGGACGAAAACAUAGUAUGACUCUCCCCUACAGUAACGUUGUUAUUCAUUCAAAGCGAGUCUACGAGAUUCAAGCGGAAGAGGGAUGUUUCACUGGUCCACCGGAUAUUCACGACCCACUCGAAGAGACUCCAUCGAAAAGCGCAAUUUCUGAGGAUCGACGAUCUUUAAGUGGGAGUGUGGACAAUUCUAAACAAGGUUCGCUGAAGAAACCAGAGACUGGAGACUUGAAAACGAUGAGGUUAGAACACAGCUGCGACGAUCCACGGCAGAUGAUAAGGAAGAAAGAGAAAAAGGUGCUUUAUUCAGUCCUAAGUUACUUCAGGCUCGUAUUGUAUGCCUUUUGA